AUGGUAUACGACAGGGACCGAGUGAUGCCGGAUUGCACCGACCAGAAUGGGCGCCCCCUUGCUACCGGAUGCGUAGCUUGUAAACUUACGGAAGGGGGCGACUGUGGCGGCGUUCCCAACAAGACUCAGAUUUCAUUUGAUGAUGUCAAUACAGGUGACGGAGUUUACCGUAGAAUCUCGACUGUAAACGGGAAGCUCGGAAAACUGGGGGCACAAAUGGUUAUCCAUGUGACCAACAACAUGAUCCACGAAUCGUUGACCAUUCAUUGGCAUGGACAGUUCCAGCGCAACACCCCUUUCAUGGACGGCGUUCCCAUGAUCACUCAAUGUCCCAUACAUAGUGGCCAAACAUUUACCUACAGGUUCAAGGCAGACCCGGCAGGAACAUUUUGGUACCACAGUCACACUCCCGGUUCACGAUCAGACGGCGUUUUGGGUGCCCUUAUCAUCCACGAGGACAGCAGACCUCAUGGUGAGAAGUAUGGCGCCAAGCAUGCUCCAUCUAUCGGCGAGGUUUCAAAUAACGACCAACACGUAAUUAUUCUACAGGACUGGCAACACGAGGAGUUUGACAAUCUUUUCUUGCAACAUUUUGGUAACGGAUGGUUUUGGCCAAACAAUCCAAUUUUUCCGGAACCAAGCGAUCGACAUAAUUUCAGUUUAGGUCCAGAUGGCGUUGCUGCUGUUGCAGUUCCUUACGUUUCGGCCCUUAUUAACGGUAGGGGACGCUUUGAAAACCGCCUUUGGCACCAAGACAGGCCUGUAGAAAAUAACGUUCCUUACGCCAGGUUCUACGUGGAUCCUACUGCCCCUGAUAACCGGUACAGAUUCCGUAUCGUAGGCGUUCCAUUGAGGGUCUCUGUCGACGCCCAUUUGGUGACAGUGAUAGCCACAGAUGGAUUUGACAUUGAACCCAUCCACAACGUUGAAAGUGUUUUGGUUACCCCGGGAGAACGGUAUGAUGUCGUAAUCACAGCUAACAAUCCGCUGAGAAGAAAGGCCUAUUACAUCCGCGCGUCACCCGAUCUCAGCGAUGCUGGCUAUGCAACCGAUCAACCAUUUCAAGAGGUUAAAGCAUUGCUGAUAUAUGGACGAGAAUCGGAAUCGUAUGUAGAACCGCCUACAGGCGUGCUUGAUGUCCCACGUCCAUGUAAAACCCACCCGACCUACAAAUGCAGAAUUGUUAAUUGCCCUUAUGCUUUUUUACCUCCUACUUACAACGCCCAGUGCAUUCAUGUUGAUCAGCUCAUAAGGAAAGUCGAAGAUGUCCCUGUCCCUGGACUGACGGCACUACCAGCGUCUAACAAUUUCUGGUUCAACACGGCGUUCCUGCGUGCAGGUCCGAGCAUAAGUGGCAUUGCAUUUGAACCUCCAUCCUCCCCGCCUCUUUCGCAGAGAGAUCUCUUGCCUAAUUCAGUAACACCCUGUCCAGCCUCCUGUCGGUCUGCCACUAGCCUUCAGGGCUGUCGGUGCACCAAUAUUCUUACCCUGGAUUACAACAAACCCUACCAGUUAAUUUUCACCAAUGUCGGCGCGGGCGGAGCAAACGGUACGUAG